AAGCCCUCCAAGUACAGUUAUUGCGAAAACCGGUCACUGUGCCUUGAAUUACUGCAAAGUUCAAACUAGAAGAGUUUUGACAUGUUUGCCACGGCUACGAGGAAUUUUGUGGAAGAAGUGGAUCGUGGAGGAGAUCUCAUUCCGGUGUCCAGUUUAAAUGACACCAUUUCACUUCUGACUGUGGUUGUAAAGAAGAAAAGAAUCUGGUUUUGGCAGAAACCGAAAUAUCAGCCAACUGACUUUAAUCUGAAUGACAUAUUGGCAGGGGACACACCCAUACAACCAGAUACCCAAGAGUCAAAUUUUAUCAAGUACAAUGGGACUUUUGGAGACAACUUACAAGGAAAGGUUGAGGCAAACUUUGUCCAAAACAAUCUCAGCAUGGAGGGAAAAGAUACAUCCAAACUGCAGUCAUCAUUUGGGAGCCUCAAGAAAGAAGAACUGGGCGUGCAAAAACUUAUUAAAGAUUCAAAAGAGAGACGUUUGGACAUGUCCCACUGUUUGGUUGAGCAGACAAUGAUGAACAACAAUCGGGUGUUUGGGAUUGUCAAGGAGCGCAUCGUGACAACUGAGCCAUGCUCUGUCAUUGAAGAAGUACAGAAAGAAGGGAAGUGUACUGGGAUGGUAACUUUUCUACCCAGAGUUAGAAAGGUUUCAUUGAAGGAAAACGCCAACCUGAGCAAAGACAGUAAUAUUACCAUGGAGAUCCCCCCUCAUACCACCCUCGCCUACACCCUCAUUGAACUGGAAGUGAAACAUGAUGGGCACUUUAAGCUGUGUUUGAUGUCCGGUGUCAGUGGAGGAUUUGAGGAAGUGGAUAGUCAUGACUGUUUAACUAUUUCAAAAGUUCCAGUACAGCACUCUGAAAAAGUCGACUUAAAACAAGAUGUGGAAGAGUUCAAGGAAAAUUUCGAAGUGCUUUCCGCCGUCCCAGCUCAAACCAAAUCCUCCCUGUUUCUGCAAAUUACAAACGUUAUAAGUGAUCACACGGCUGUAUCUUUGCUUCAGAACACACUGCACCACUUGUGUCACGGUAGUGUCUCUGCUUCAGUGGAGGAAUAUAAACAGCAAAUCCAGGACAUUUUGGAUUUGGUUGCACAGACUGGUGCAUCCAAAGAUGCUGUCAUCAAAGCUCUUUACCUUGUUCUGAGUGCAGUAGAUGAGAUGCCUAACAAGUGUCUGGCUUUACUGGGAAUGUGCUGCAGCUCUGCGUUAUUACCAGACUUAGAACUACUGGUGCAAUGUUUACUUGGAGAUGAACAGCUCCCCCUCAGUGCCAUAAAACAAACUACUCUGGAAGAAGAGGUUUUUGACAGAGUUCAGCGUCUGUUCAGCUCUUCGAAUGUGGCAUUGAAAAAAGACGGAGACUCUUUAAGGACAGAGGUGCAGCAGGAGGCAGAAAAUCUUCCCCUGAUCCUUUGCAUCUCUGUGAGGGGUCUGGCCUCAUUAUCACAGUGAUGUUCUCAAGUGAUUGCAUAACACUGCCUACAUGACCUCCUUUUGUACCUGCAUGCAUAUCUAACAUGUUUUUUCUUAAAGGUGAACUAUCUACUUUUUCAGGUUAUUGCAUUGCCUGGAAUGUUCCACAGUAUUGCAUUAAGCACAUCUAUCUGUCUUGCAUUGAAUCAGUUAUACAUGUUUUUUGCUAAAUCAUACACUGAAAAUACAUUCUUACUGUGAGUGGGGUCCCUCUCCACAGUCUGACCUGUAACUUGGCCCUGUGGUGUCUGCUGCUUGACCCUUCAACAGAAGUUACAUACUCCACCUUGAACUUUGUUCACUUUUCUUGCUGACAAUCUUUUUUUUUUACUUCUCAAUGUACACAUUUUAAAUUAUUGUGAGUGCUACACUUUGUUUAUAUUUUUAAAUAUUGCUUUUAUUUGUGCCAUCAUAUUUAAUAAAU